AUGAGAGUCCUGUCGUUAUCCCUCCUUUGCCUGCAGUGGCUGCUGUCUCCUGUCCUUGGUGCUGGCUUGGUCACCCACGAUAACACAUUCGUUCCCGAUCAUGUCCUUCGAAUAACAGCCCAGGAUAUCUCUCAAGCGUGCGACCAACGACACUCCGCGGUAGUGAAUGGCACCUCUCCCGGACCGGCCAUCCGGAUUAAGCCAGGACGUUCAUCAUGGAUUCGGGUAUACAAUGAUAUGACGGAUCAUAACCUGACGAUGCAUUGGCACGGCCUUGCCCAACGAAUGGCACAAUUUUCAGAUGGCGCUGUGCUAGCAUCACAAUGGCCGAUCCCGCCGCUGAACUUCUUCGACUAUGAGAUUGAAGCUCAUCCAGAGGAUGCCGGCACUUAUUUCUACCACUCACACGUGGGCAUGCAAGCCUUGACGGUCUUCGGAGCGCUCAUCGUCGAGGACUGCGGCGCCCCGCCAUACCAAUAUGACGACGAGCGCACCUUGCUUUGGCACGAGCACUUCAAACAGAACGACUCGACCUUUGAGGCAGGCCUGCUCGCAGCCCCGCUCGUCUUCGGCGGCGAGGUGCAAGCCGUGAUGCUGAACGGCCAAGGGGUGGCCAUCAACCACACGGCGGGCGAGAUCCCAGGCGACGCGUCGUGCCAGCUGCCCGUGAUCGAGGUGGAGCCGGACAAGACGUACCGGUUCCGGUUCAUCGGGGCCACGUCGCUCAGCCACACCAUCAUGGCGUUCGAGGGCCACGAGAUACUGACCAUCAUCGCCGUCGACGGCGGGCAGUACACGCAGCCGGCGGCCACGUACCGCAUGCAGAUCGGCAGCGGCCAGCGGUUCGACGUGCUCUUCAAGACCAAGAGCCAGGCGGACCUGGACGCCGCGGGCAAGUCGGACUUCUUCAUCCAGUUCGAGACGCGCGACCGGCCGUCCGUAUACCAGAGCUACGGCGUGCUGCGGUACAUGACCGGCAACAACGGCACGACGGCCGACGGCCAGGCGCCCGUGCCGCCCGCGCCGGCGGCGCCCGUGUUCAACCUGACGACCAAGACGUACGACUGGCUGGAGAACACGCUACAGCCACUCAAGCCGGACGCGGACUUCCCGACGCUGGAGGAGGUGACGCGCCGGGUGGUGAUCGACGUGGUGCAGCUCAUCAGCCCGACCACCGGCCAGACCAUCUGGCAGCUCAACGGGCUCAACUGGAACGAGCUGGUGGCUUAUCCCGUGCCGCUGCUGGUCGACAUCUACCUGCGCGGUGACGUCGCCGUGCCCGACUACGAGAAAGCCAUCGCCAACGGCGGCUGGGACCCCAAGAACAAGGCUUACGCCGCCAAGGUCGGCGAGGUGCUGGAGAUUGUGUUCCAGAACACGGGGUCGCUUGUCAAUGGGAACGGCGGCCUCGAUGUUCACCCUUUCCACGCCCACGGUGCCCACUACUACGAUAUGGGCAGUGGGAAUGGGACGUAUGACGCUAACGCGACUGAGGCUGCGAGGGUGGCGGCUGGGUAUACGCCUGUGAAGAGGGACACGACUAUGCUGUACCGUUAUGAGACCAAGACAACGGCCGGUGCUGAUGCCGGCUGGAGAGCUUGGAGACUUAGGGUCAACGAGCCGGGAGUGUGGAUGAUCCACUGCCACGUCCUGCAGCACAUGGUCAUGGGAAUGCAAAGUGUGUGGGUUGUCGGAAACGCCAGUGAGAUCCAGAAGACUCCUACCGAGUUGAGUCAGGGAUAUUUCACAUUCGGAGGAAGCGUCACUGGAAACGUCACCAAUGAUCCGCAAGUAUACGAGCAAUUUAACCACAGCGCAUCGACCUGUAGUGCCCCGGUGUAG